AUGGGAUAUUGCUUGCCUACCGUUUCUUCUCCUAGACAUCUCCCUUCCUUACCUCCUAUAUCCUCAUUACCGUUUCCUACCAACCUACAACUCUCUCAACCGUUCGCCCUCCCUCCUCUCUCUCUACCGCCGAGUCUCUUGUCUCCUCUUUCUAUCGCAGCACCGAAGACAGCUAGCUUUUCUAUGUCCCGUAACACCAAGCCAAAGCCUUUAAAAAUGACGGCGCAGACACGAGGUCAAACAGCUAGACAGCAAAAUGCGGUCGCUUCCAGUUCUUCUUCUUCAACUCGUUCAAAUCCAACUCCUUCCCCUAUCGAAACCGAAUUUGAAACUAUCUCAAGUCAAUCUGACAAUGAGCCUGAGAAACCUGUUAUUCAGUCUAGAAAAGGGAAGGAAAAGAUGACACGUCCGAAAAUUCUUUAUCCCUCGCCUCCACCUUCAGCGACAACUCCAAUAAUCCCAUAUCCUGAUAUUCGUCCGGUGACUAUACCUUCCCCUCCUGGUGUUUGGACUCCUCUUCCCACUCCAUCCCAGAGAGCCAUAAGGUUUUAUCAAGUUAUCAUGUCUAUCACCGAUGACUCUGAGGAUUAUCCGGUCCCCAUACAUCUGUUCUGUGAUCUGGAAACAGAGAGAGUGGCAAUGACACUUAUGGCUAUCAACGGUGCCGACCCUGCUAACAGCCCUUUCGGAUUCUUGGGUAGUGAUUAUUGGGCUGCGAUACCUAAUAAACAAGCUUGGCAAGAUGCAAGGUCACGACUCGUUUUCGCCUUUUCUGACGAUGUAAAAGGUAUCGCCAACAUUCCUCCUUGUGGUAAAGGCCAGAUGCGCUUCCAAGGUGAAUGGAUGGGUCGCGACGAACUCAUCGGAAAGAUUGUUGAGAUUGCCAUGGGGGAUUCCUAUUAUCAUCGUAAAACUGUAUCUUCUCACACACAAGUGUUGUCGAACAAGUUUUUCGGUCAACAAAUGUGGCCGUUACUCAAGACUCACUCAAAGGUACAUCAAAUGGAUGGUAAACAAAUACUCCUUGAAUUUAACGAUGAUAUUCGGGUGUUUCUAGGAGUAGACGCAGCUUUCGACCUCUGGGAAAACAAAGUUCCUCAACCACCUCGGGUCUAUUGUCCGCCCCCUGAGCUAGACGCCAAUGGGAAACCUAUCAGAGCUUCCCGCACUAAGAAUGCCGGUGCUGAGGUUCCCAAAUCGACAAAACGAAAGGCUUCGGAACCCGAGGAUGAGGGUUCGAGCUCGAAACGGGCUCGUAAUCAUACUCGAUAA